AUGAAAGAAAAUGAAAAUAAAGAAGACAAAAUGAAAGAAAGUUUAGUAUAUUUAUUUCAGGAACUUGGUGUUUUGUCAGCAGAAGAUAUUUUAAAAAAAUUUAAAAAUUUAGAAGAAAAGAAUCAAAAUUUAGAAGAAAAGAAUCAAAAUUUAGAAGAAAAGAAUCAAAAUUUAGAAGAAAAGUAUCAAAAUUUAGAAGAAGAAAAAUUAAGAGCAAAUAAAAAUGAGGUUUUAAUUAAAUAUCUUAAUAAUCCAAAUCCAUAUGUAAGUAUUAUAAUCAACCACAAUAUAUAA